AUGGGGCAACCAAUUGAGGAACUUGCUGCUCCGAUCAAAACCCGGUCCCCGGAAAGCGAAGACGACGACGAGGAGCUCUCAUGUUCUUCCUCUUCAGAGGAGGAAGAGGAUGGCGACCUAGAAGAGGAAGAGGAAUUAGAGAGAGAACUUGCGGAUGUUACGUUUGAGGAGCUGCAGAAAGCUAGGUCUAAUGGGUCCGAUUCAGUCUACCGAAAGCCCAUUUUGGAGAGGAGGGCUAAGAGAGCCAACAAGAACAGGCCGGUGGAGGUCACUUGCAAAAAACCAGUUAGUAGGUUUCGAGAGGUCAUUCAAGUUCCUAAGAAGGUAGUACGUGAUCCUCGCUUUGAGUCAUUGUGUGGUACGCUUAAUGUGGAAGGCUAUAGGAAAAGAUACGAUUUCCUCUAUGAGAGCAACCUGCCAGCCGAAAAAGAGGAACUAAAGAAGCAGCUAAGGAAAUCCAAAGACCCAGUAGCCGUCGAUCAAUUAAAGAAGCGCAUAGAGUGGACUGACAAGCAGCUGAAGUUUGACACAACAAAACAAGUGGAAUCAUCGAUUCUUAUUGAACACAAGAAGAAAGAGAGGGAGGCUGCUAAGCGAGGCAAACAGCCGUUUUAUCUCAAGAAAUCCGAAAUCAAGAAACAAAGGCUCGUCGACAAGUAUAACAAACUCAAGGCAACUGGAAAGCUUGAAUCUUUCAUUGAGAAACGGAGAAAGAAGAACGCCUCGAAGGACCACAGUAAGAGAGUGAUGGCAUCAGAGGCCUUUUUCGACUCCAAUUAUCUCUUUGCAAUGCGAUGCAUGGCAUCAGCUGAGGCCACUGGAGAUUUGGUGCAGUCUUUGAAUUCUGGGAAUAAGCUGCAGAAAGAAGGACAUUUCCAUGAUGCAGUGACUUCCUUCCUCAAUUCGUCGUCAUGUGGCGACAUUCCAGGUUCUUCCACCACCAGUGACUCCUCCAUUGUGCAGCAAGAAUCACAUUUAACCCAAAACCGAGCACAACCAUCCAAAAGAAAACAGCAACAAAGUAGUACCUCUCAGCCUAGAUUGCCGAAAAAGAAGAAGUCAACUAUUGACCCCAACAAAAGAGAGCAGCUUCCUAAUCAAAGUCAGGCACACAGAAAAAACAAAACUGAACCCAGACAAGACACUGCUCUACAACAACGACAAGCUAUGCAGCAACUGCUACUGCAGAAUCCGGUUUCCUUUCAGUCACAAGGUCAUCAUAGUCCUAUCCUGGAGACUUUGCCUCACAGGCAGAGGAGAACUUUUCAGCCAAUGCAGGAACUACCUGUUGGAGUUGACUUAAAGCAACAGCAACAGAAACAAGUAAAGGAAUAUCUUCAACAGCUCGCACUCAGGCGCACACAAUCACAUCCGCCUGCUCAGCUUUUUAAUGCCAAUGUGUGCUCUCGCCGGCUGACACAGUAUCUGUAUCAUCUUCAGCGUAGGCCACCGAGCAAUGAUAUUUCAUAUUGGAGGAAGUUUGUGGCAGAAUAUUACGCUCCUUGUGCCAAGAAAAGGUGGUGUUUAUCUUCUUGUCCCAGUGUUGGGCGUCAUGCUGUUGGAGUCUUCCCUCAGGCUGCUAUGGAGGCAUGGUGCUGUGAUUUAUGUGGUUCUACCUCUGGGAGAGGUUUCGAGGCAACUUUUGAAGUGCUCCCUAGACUUAACAAAAUACAGUUUGAGACUGGGGUUACGGAUGAACUUCUGUUUCUUGAAUUGCCACAAGAGUGUAGGCUUCCUUCUGGAUCAAUGGUUCUUGAAUAUGGAAAGGCAGUGCAUGAGACCGUUUACAACCAGUUCCAUAUUGUCCGUGAGGGAAAACUGCGGAUUGUCUUCACUCCUGAUUUGAAGAUAUCAUGUUGGGAAUUUUGUUCAAAAGACCAUGAAGAGCUUUUGCCACGGAGUUUAGUCACAUCUCAGGUUAAUGAUUUCCUCCGAAUUGCACAAGAAUACCAGACAGCAAUUGAUGGUGGUGGACCGGGAAGGGCAUUGCCUGAUCUUCAAGAAAAUUGCCACAUGUUGUUAGCAGCUGGAUGCAGUCUCGAAAAAAACUUGGAGUUGCAGCUUGCCGGUGACAUGGGUUUUCCAAAGCGAUACAUUCGUUGCUUGCAGAUUGCGGAAAUAGUUAACAGUAUGAAAGACUUGAUGACCUUCAGCUGGCAGAACAAAACUGGAGCUAUUGAGAGCUUGAAGAGUUAUACCAAGAAGUUCUCCUUGGACGCUCGGACACAAACCCAAGAGGAACUGGACUCGCUAGCAAAGGAGACAAGUCAGCAAUUGUCAUCUUCGUAUUGCCAAGGGAUCAUGAAUAAGGCGAAUGGUGGAGUCUUUCCAAACUCUGACGAGGGAACGUUGUCUGAUUAUGGAAGCUACGGUAAAUUACUGAGUCAGGCAUCCAACUCAGCCAUGGCUAGACUCGGGGAACCCUCUUACCUAUACAAACAGUUCAAUCAAGCCCCUUCCCCCAAGCCACUCCGAGGUUCUCCUCCCUCUGAAAGCAGUCCAGUACAAGAGCAUAUUAUGAAGCUACUUCAAGGAACAAGCAAUAAGAGCCAAAACCUCGGUUGGACUGAGAGGGAGGUAGUAAACCAUACCAUCGAUGACAUGCUUGCUGGUUUUCCAGCAACUUCGAAUACCAUGGAUGCUUCUGGUUCAAGCAAUAGAUUGCCUUCUGACGAUUGCGCUUCUUCGGCUGCCACUUCUUCAGGAGGAAGCAAACUUGCUGGCUUCCUGGGGAAGACAAGAAACAGUUGGGAGUCUUCUAGUCGUUAUGCAGAUCCCAGUUUCACCAGCAGCAACAAGGGAAGAAGUUCUCUGGAAAGGCUUGGUCCAUCCAAUGAACAUGACUUGUUCCGUAAGUUACUUGAGAAUGGAAUGUCCGAUGGUGCUUUUGGUGACUCCAUGACCUUUGGCUGGAAGUGA